AUGCAUCCUGUCGUUGUUCCUUCUUCCUGGCGGCCGCCAAAAUGGAAAAAGAAGAAAAACAACAACGACGGGGAAGAGGAGACAAAGAAGGAGAUAAUAAAAAAAGAACAGGAAAAGAAGUGCUUUCACGGCGUGAAAUGCUUGAAGAAACAACUGAAGAAAGCGCUCAACUUUGAAGUCGGGAAACUGAAACGACGCGUGACGAUGCAUGAUGAGAAGAAGAACAAUAAGAACAACAACAACAACAACAACAACAGCAGUAAGAAUACGAAAAAGUUGUCGUCGUCGGAGAAGAAAGCGACGGAAAAGCAGUUACAGGCGGCAAAGACGCUCUCUGUGGAGGACUUGGAAUUCGUCGCGAAGAAGUUAGCGAACGACUGCUUUCGGGAAGCGAAAGGAGAAGACGAAGUAGAAAAAGGAGGAGAAGGGAAAGGAGAAGGCGGGAUUUUACCGCCGCCGGCGUCAUCGCGGCUGUCCUCCUCAAAAGAAGGAGGAAAUGAAGAUUUGCAGAGAGCAAAAGAAGUCGUCGCUCGACGCAUCGCGCACGCCAACUGCGUGAAAGAAGAGAUGGAGAGUUUGAAAGCGAGGAUCCUGUUGGUGCAAACGCGUGCGACGCAAAUCGAAGAGGCGCGAAAACGAAGCGAGGAGAGGCUGGAGAAGAAAAAGAAAAAGAAGGAAGAAGCGGCGAAGAGACGAGCGGAGGAAGAAGAGAAGAAGAAGAAGAAGAAAAAUGGUAACGGCAAUAGUAACGAUAAUACAAACAGAGGCGAUUCGGAGUCGUCAAGAUCAGAAUCCGAGGAGUCCGAGGAGGAUGACGAGAAAAAAUUUUCUUCGAGCGGCGGCGAGGAGAGCGACGAUAGUCUGUCGCUUUCAGAAGAAACGAGACAAGACAUGCGCGAAGCAAGAGAAGAAGCGAAAGAGAAGAAGAAGAAGAAGAAGAAACGGAAGAAGAAUAUCGAUGAUGAGAACGACGAUGAUGACGACGACGACCCGUUGAAAUCGGCGCCGUUACCGCCGCCAAAGAAGAAGAAGCAAAAAGCGAGAAUGGGCCAAAGGCAACGUAGACUACUGGCCGAGCAACAGUACGGCAGAAGCGCAAAACACGUCAUCGCUGAGCAAGAAAAAGUCGAGGAAGAGCAACGGAAAGCCGAAGAGGAUCUCAAAUCUAUGCAUCCCUCGUGGAAAGCUAAACGAAUGGAUGCAAAAAAGCCGAUGAUUAUUCCUCUAGACAACAACGGGAAAGGUAAGAAAGUUGUGUUUGAUAACGACGGUGGCGAUCGUAGAAAGCACGCGGCCACGAGCACUCAAAAGAGAGAGUAUAAAGUCAAAAUGCAAUCAACAACACCAGGUGAUGACGACAAACCGUUACACCCCUCGUGGACUGCAAAGUUGAAGCUAGAUCAAGAUGCGUGGGGUGGCGGCACGAUUCCGUUCGAAGGUAAAAAGAAAACCUUCGAGUAG